AUGCCAGAUUCUUUCUCACGGAGAAGUAACAAACAAGAAGAUAGCAAGAAUCCAGCCCAACUCGAAUGCAUCGUUUGUGGAGAAUCUCAAGAUUUUCAACAAAUGGCUAAAUUUCCUUGCGAUUGUGUAUAUUGCAGCGCAUGCCUCCAAAGCCGGGUCACUAGAGCGACAGAGACCGAGUCCAUGUUUCCUGUCAAAUGCUGCCGGAAUAAUAUCAAUCUCACGCCCUUGUAUCACUUAUUGUCUGCAGAUAUCAUUCGCGACUAUGAAGUCAAGAAAAUCGAAUACGAAACCGUAGAUCGUACUUAUUGCGCCAACAAAGUGUGCUCUGCAUUUAUCGUCAAGGGAAAUACCAAAGGACAUCAAGCUUUUUGUUCCAAGUCGCCGUGCAAUACGAUCACAUGCAUACAGUGUAAGAGCGAAUGGCAUGAUGGAGAAUGUCCUCGGGAUCAGAAUCAAGAGCUCGUUCUUGCCGAAGCUCAGAAAAGAGGCUAG